UUCUCACCUUGAACAGGCUAGAUUUAUUAAUAGCAGGAAAGGAGGGGUGGGAGGAGGAAAGAGGAAAGAACAAUUCCACAUGUGUCCAUGCACUUUUCAGAAGGUCUCUUCCCAGGGGCCCGUCACCUUUGGAAAAAACACGAGUGGAAUUUAGUAUUUCAUCUGGCCGGGACUUGUAUUUUGCGUUCCACAGGGGUCUCCAUGGAAGCCAUUCUGAAACUCUUUGGGGAAUACUUCUUUAAAUUCUGCAAAAUGUCUGGCUAUGACAGGAUGUUACGGACCCUGGGAGGAAACCUCACAGAGUUUAUUGAAAACCUCGACGCCCUCCACAGCUACCUGGCUCACUCCUAUCAGGAGAUGAACGCACCAUCCUUUCGUGUGGAGAGAGGGGCAGAGGGGAAGAUGCUUCUCCAUUACUAUUCUGAUAGAAGCGGUCUGUGCCACAUUGUACCAGGGAUCAUUGAAGCUGUGGCCAAGGACUUCUUCGACACUGACAUGACCAUGGACAUCCUUGACGUGAAUCAGGAGGAGGAGAGGAUGGGGAAGAAGGAGCACGUUGUGUUUUUGAUUGUGCAAAAGUCACACGGACAGAUGAGAAGGGCAAAGCCAAAGGGGUCACAAGACGGUCAGGACAGCCAGAGAGACCAAGAGACCCCGGAGGCAGCUUUCCUUAGGAUGAAAGAGAAAUACUUGAGUGUCUCUACUCAUGCCGUGAAAAAGUCCCGCUGGGAAGUUGUGAGGAACAUAGUCAUGUUCAAAAAAGGGCAUCUCAGGGACACCUUUGAGCCAAUUUAUCCCGAGCGGCUCUGGAUAGAAGCGAAGACCUUCUGCACUGCUUUUCCCUUCCAUGUGGUAUUUGAUGAAUCACUGCAGGUCAAACAAGCCAGAGUGAGCAUUCAGAAGUAUGUCCCGGGUCUCCAAACCCAGAAGAUUCGAUUAGAUGAGUACUUCUCCAUCGUCCAUCCCCAAGUCGCCUUCAACAUUUUCAGCAUCUGCAAAUUUAUCAACAGUCAAUUUGUCCUGAAGGCGCGCAGGGAGAUGUUGCCUGCAGCCUGGAGAAGUCAGCCCGCGCUCAAACUCCGAGGCUCCGCAGGCUGCAGGAGCUGGAGGAUGCACGUCUCCGACACCGCCCCCCACGACCCCACCAGGGACCUCAUCCUCCUCAACCGGCAGCGCCUGGCGGAGAUCGAGCUGUCCAAACAGCUGGAGAGGAAGGAGGAGGAGCUGCGGGUCCUCUCUACGCACUUGGCCGCGGAAAAGAAGACGGAGGCCUCGCUGUACGCCAUGUUGCCUGAGCACGUGGCCAACCAGCUGAAGGAGGGCAGGAAGGUCGCCACAGGAGAAUUUAAAACCUGCACGAUUCUCUUCAGCGACGUGGUGACGUUUACGAACAUCUGUGCUGCCUGCGAACCUAUUCAGAUAGUGAACAUGCUGAAUUCAAUGUACUCCAAGUUUGACAGGUUAACCAGUGUCCAUGAGGUCUACAAGGUGGAAACAAUAGGAGAUGCUUAUAUGGUGGUGGGGGGUGUACCAGUGCCUGUUAGAAGCCAUGCUCAGAGGGUAGCAAACUUUGCCUUGGGGCUGAGGAUUUCUGCAAAAGAAGUGAUGAAUCCUGUUACCGGAGAACCCAUCCAGAUCAGAGUGGGCAUCCACAUGGGACCAGUCUUGGCAGGUGUCGUGGGGGACAAGAUGCCGCGGUACUGCUCGUUUGGAGACACUGUGAACACAGCCUCUCGGAUGGAAAGUCAUGGGCUUCCCAACAAAGUGCAUCUCAGCCCCACGACCUACAGAGCCCUGAAGAAUCAAGGGUUUGAAAUAACCGAGCAGGGUGAAAUCGAAGUGAAAGGGAAAGGGAAGAUGACCACAUACUUUCUGAUCCGAAACCUGAAGGCCUCAGAGGAUGAGAUCAUGGGGAAACCUCAGGCUUGGCUUGAUUCUGCGGAAGCAAGUGAUCAGGGAAGUCGGGAUGGCAAGACUCUGGCUCUCAUGAGGUAUGAGGACAGCUGGCACCUGCCCAAGGGUGACACGGCCCAUGCUUCUGACUGGUCGACACCCAAAGGGAGUCCAGCGGAGGGCCGGGAACCCAGGGAGGCAGCAGACAGACCGCGGCCUUCAGCUCAGACAGAGACAUGCAGCCUUCCCGAUGAGCCGCUGCCGUCUGGCCUCUGCGCUUUGUUGUGACAGCAAAACACGAAGCCCUCGGCUUCAUUUUUCCCCUGCUCGGUUUAAUAGCGACAAAGAAAAGGAACUUCAUUUCUCAGCCCAAGACUUCUUAAGCUGCGUCUCUUUCUCAUUGUCCCUCAGAGAAUAAAGGUCUAGAAAUGAAACAUGAUCCCGACAAGUUUGGAAAAAUGUGCUUUCACAGUCUCGGUUCAAAGCCAACCCCGACACUUGGAGACUUCAGGCUGUGUUUGUUCUCCCGGCUCUCAUCACAGUGGUUCCACCGAGUCCUGGCCUCGGAGCCGACUUGAGAGGACGCCCUGGCCUCGGAGGUGGUCAUGGGCACGGUCUUGUUCUAAGUGAUGGCGGGAGCGGGGAGGAUGAGGAAGGAGCCCUGGACCCUGCUGUUGAUAAAUCACCCUGCAACACAGCCAGGAUGUGAAAGGCACUCAAGCCAGGGGCUGUGAAAGGAAAUCACUUUCAUUCCCAGCCCUGGGAAUAACAUGAAGCCACAGAAUAAAAGCUGCCUUCCCCAGAGGUUUUUCUGAAAGUAAAAGGGAGGAGAAAAUGUGAAAAUCACCGGAAGGGCAGAAUCAGGAGAGAUGGGGAAAUAAGACAGAGGGCGGCCGGCCCACCAGGUCCUUUAUCCCUCUUCAGACUCAGCUUCCUCUACUGCUUCUAGCUGCGGGCGUGGGGACACCUGGGUGGUGGUGAGUGCUGGACACACUCUCGGAGGCCUGGGGUACGGGAGGCUGAGAAGUGGUCCAGGGGUCUCUGCAUUUGCACGUGGUUCUGGUGAAAAGACAAGUAUUUUUUUAACCCACAUGACGAGCACCCAGAAUUUUGCGAUUCAUUCUUGCAAGAACCUUACUUGUCCCCAGAGGCAUUAACUGUCUUCUGGGAGGGCAGACUUGAUUUCUGUGGCUGCCAAUCCCAGGAGCAGGAGGGGAAGAGAAGGCAACAAGAGCUGAAUUCCUUGCUCUGCUGUCCUUCUAGAUGACAGCAGUGUCUUGUUUCUAGAAAUAGGGGGUGCGGCCCGUAGUUCACAGCGAGUCAGAUUAUGCUGAGUGCAGCCUUGAGAGAUGUGGAUUCUUGUUCAGACUCUGUUGCUGGAUGUCUUGAUAC